AUGGCGGGCAGCGCUCUGCGGAGGACCGUGGCCUCGCUCCGGGGCUGGGGCCUCGGCGUGCUGCUGCCUCGCGGCCCCGCACCCCCGGGGCUGCCCGAGCCCCCCUGCCCGCAGCCUGGCCACACCAUGGCCACCCUGAACCAGAUGCACCGGCAGGGCCGACCCAAGGCUCCGCCACCCAAGCCGGGCGCCACCUUGGGCCGCCCGCAGCUCAAGGGCGUCGUGCUGCGCAACCUCAUCCGCAAGCCCAAGAAGCCCAACUCGGCGAACCGCAAGUGCGUGCGGGUGCGCCUGAGCGGCGGGCGCGAGGCCGUCGCCUUCGUCCCCGGCGAGGGCCACAACCUGCAGGAGCACCACGUGGUGCUGGUGCAGGGCGGCCGCACCCAGGACCUGCCCGGCGUGAAGCUCACCGUCGUGCGCGGCAAGUACGAUUGCGCCCACGUCCAGAAGAAGAAGUAG